AUGCAGGCAAGUGGGAUUGUUUGGCCGGCGUUCCGGCACCAUGCGCUGUGGGCGACGUGGCGUCGCUACUUCCGGCUGCGCGUGAUAACUCCCCCACUACCCUAUCUGCAACAUGGCAAGCCCUACCUAUUCGCGCAUUUCCCCCACGCCACCUUCCCCAUGGGCUCCUGGCUCUCCAUGCCCCUCUGUGACGCCCCCGAGACAGGUCUGCCAGCUGGCGCCAGGGGUGCGGUGGCGACGGUGCUGCUGAAGCUUCCCCUGCUGCGCCACGUGUACGCCUGGAUGGGCUGCAUCCCAGCCGACUACCACACCAUACACGAACAGCUGCAGACCACCUCUGUCGGCCUCGUCCCCGAGGGCGUGGCCGGGGUGUUCCUGGGGGCGCGGCCGAGCCAGGAGCGCGUGUUUGUGCGCUGCCGCAAGGGCUUCAUCAGGCUCGCCAUGCACACCGGCACUGACAUCGUGCCCAUAUACAACCUGGGCCAGAGCGCGAUGCUGGACUUCUGCGGCAGCUGCAGCCUGUCGCGGCGGGUGCGCGCGGUUGUGGGAAUCUUCUGGGGCCGAUGGUACCUGCCUGUGCCUCGCCGCUGCCCUAUCAUCACUGCCAUCGGCAAGCCCCUGCAGGUUACCAAGAGCCUGGAUCCCAGCCCAGAAGAAGUGGACGAGGUGCAGGAGAAGCUGCUGGCUGCACUGGUGGCGCUGUUCGAUGAACACAAGCACCUGCUGCCCGGCUGGGAGCACAAGACUCUCGAGAUCGCCUGA